AUGGCGCCUGCAACACUGCAAGUCAAUCCCACUUCGAAGCUGCCGUCGCCCGGGUUCAACGCCGGCGCACGACCCUACCGAUCGCACAAGGUCCGCGCCUGUGACCUAUGUCGCAAGCGCAAGUCCCGAUGCACAGUCGAUAUCCCGGGCCAGUCCUGCCUCCUAUGUCGCGUACAGGGGGCAGAUUGUCACUAUCAAGAGGAGCCCAACCCGGACUCCUCGGUGUUGAGCACAACGGAGACCAAGCCGUGGUCGGGAGCGCCGCCGGCUGAACCCAUGCCAGGACAGAAGCGCAAGCGCAGCCCUGAAAGACUGCCUCCCUCGCGUCAGUCAACCAAUGGACCUAGUCCGCAGGGAACGACUUCCUCAGGUCGCCGUGGAAGUGAUGCGCGGCGGAAAGAUGACGACCCGCACAAUGAGUCAGUCCUCAUUGUCGGGCCCAUGGUUGCGGAGGAUGCGCAGGUUAUUGAGCAACACAUGCCCCCUGAGCGGUCUAGUCUGUCUGAAGAGCCCAAUAGCCACCCAUACAACAUCUACUCGAGCGACCCGCGGAAGCCUGUCCUCUAUACCACCAUCUCGCGGCGGAGGAAGGGUAUGCGCCGGGGAGUUCCGCCUGGUGAAAAUCAGAGGGAGAUUCUGGAGCAGAUUCUCGGACCCUUCAAACAUGAUCUUGUCAGACUCUUCAUCGACCGGUUCAAUGUCGCAUUCCCGAUUUUCGACGGCGAACAGUUCUGGGAGUCCUAUAUCACAGAAGGACUUGAAGAUCCCCCAGCUUCACUGAUCUGCCAAGUAUAUUCGAUGUCCCUCGUGUAUUGGAAGCAUACCCAGAAGCUCUCAUGCCAUCCUAAGCCAGACGUUCGAUAUGCGGUCAACAUGACGGUGGCUGCUUUACACGAGGAAUUUUCUGCACCUGGGCUGUCCACCAUUAGUGCCGCACUGAUUGACUUGACGGGAAGACCUAUCUUCUCCAUGACCGGCAACGCCAUCAGCUGUGGACGUAUGUUGUCUUUGGCCAACUGUCUUGGCUUGAACCGCGACCCGAGCCAUUGGAAACUUUCACAACAAGAAAAGGAUCAGCGCGUGCGUCUCUGGUGGGGUGUCGUGAUUCAUGAUCGCUGGGGAAGCUUUGGUCACGGUGUACCGCCACAAAUCGCCAAAACGCAGUACGACGUACCCUUGCCUAGUGUCGAUAGCCUUGUUCCUCCCAAUCUUCGCACCACCGAGCGUGUGAGAGCCGCCCACUGCCACAUCUUCUUGUGCAAGUUGACCGAGAUUCUUGGCGAGCUAUUGCCCUUGGUCUAUGGCUUGCAGGCCAAACCAGCCCGAGAAAGCUCCAAGAAGAUUAGACAAAUUCGGACGGAUCUAGAUAUGUGGGAGGACUCUCUUCCUGACUGGUUGAGAUCACCGGUCAAUAACCGCGGAGAGCAACUAUCUGCUUCGAGCAGCUUGCAACUUGCCUUUUUGGCAGUCAAGAUGCUUGUCAGCCGAGUGGAAUUGAAUGAGGUCAACAAUGCAGAGACCGACAACCCCGAGGCUCGUCGCUAUUUCCAAACCGAAUGCCGCAAGUCCGCAGAAGACAUCGUGCGCUUCAUCACCUCGCUGCGUAAAGAUAAUUUUAAAGAAUUCUGGCUACCAUACAGCGCCUUCCACUUGACAUCCACAGCCACCCUCCUGGUCCGCUGCGCACUCGAAACAAACGACACUGAAGUAGCGCGGUCCUGUCUCACCAACGUCGAAACCCUACGCAACGUGCUCCGUCGCGUCCGCGAAGAAGAAGACUGGGAUGUAGCGGACAUGUGCCUGGACCACUGCGAACGAAUCAUGCACCGACUGCCUGGGACAGGUGCUACCAUCGAUCAGCCGCUUACUGUGGCGGCAAUGGCUGAUACCGGGCUGGUCAACCCUGCUGCGAUUUCGCUGCCCGAGACACAAACCAAUAAUGAUAUUGUCGAUGACAUGAUGUCUAUUUCGAAUACGUUCGGUACAAUGGAUGGAUUCCCAUUCGAUAUGACGGGCAUCUGGGAUGUCUCUGUGUUCCAGGACGUCAAUCUGCAUGAGGGAUAA